AUGCAGACGGUGCACUGCCAGCUCCUGCCCGACCGGCCCCCGCCGUCGCCGCAGCCCCCCGCCGAGCCGCUGGAGUGGCCCGGGGGGCCGGGAGAAGUGCGGCUGACCGUCCGGAGGUCCCGAUCCCCGCCCCGCCAGCUGGCCCGCAAGGGGGUGGCGCUGCGCAAGACUUUGGUGGCCCUGGAUGUCGCCUGCCUGCUUGCCGCCUCCGUCCCCUUCUUCCUCUGUGAGGUCGGCCUGGUCUCCCCCGUGCGCCGUGGCUUCUUCUGCAACGACAGCAGCAUCAGCUACCCGCUACGGCACUCGGAGACCGUCAGCGACUCCGUCCUCAUCUCGGUGGGAAUCCUCAUCACCUCUCUAGCGAUCACCCUCGGGGAAAGCUACCACGUCCACAACUUCCCCCACCGCUCUCACUCCGUCGUCCGCAACCCGUACGUGGUGGCCCUCUACAAGGAGAUCGGGGCCUUCCUCUUUGGCUGCACGGUGGGCCAGUCCCUCACCAACAUGGCCAAGGUGGCCGUGGGUCGGCUUCGCCCCCAUUUCCUGGCCGUCUGUCGCCCCAACUUCACGCACGUCGACUGCUCUGCAGGAUACGUGGAAGAGUAUAGCUGCAGCGGCUCCGGGGAGAAGGAGGCAAGAAAGUCAUUCUACUCGGGUCAUGCCUCCUUUGCCAUGUAUUCCAUGAUGUACUUGGUGUUCUACCUGCAGGCGCGCUUCACCUGGCGAGGCGCUCGGUUACUCCGGCCACUGGUCCAGUUUGUGCUGCUGAUGCUAGCCAUGUACACGGGACUGACCCGCAUCUCGGACUAUCGGCACCACCCCUCGGAUGUGGCCGUGGGACUGCUGCAGGGAGCGCUGGUGGCCUACUGGGUGGCCUUCCACGUUUCUGGCAUGUUUCACCACAAGCACCGGCCCCGUCACCUGCCCGCCGUCAUCUUGGACAGUCCCAGCUCAGACGGCCACACCGAUUGCUAAGGAGGCAUGACUGUCUCGUGGGUGCUCUGCUCUUGGAGGUUGAGGGGCACUCUUUGUCUGGCUGGAUUUGUGGGCCUGCCGAAAACUCCCUUGACCAAUCGUGCCAUUUCCCGGCAUCGACGGCUGAACAUUUAGGCACGAAUGAGUCAGACGGGAGCCACUUUCUCGGUGACGCUAGGGAACGGUUUCCCUGCAAUCUGCUCAUAUCUACCCUGAAACAGCUGCUGGGAAAGGAAGAGGAAAGAGAGACACCGGGGCAGAUUUAUGCCAGCGCCAAAGAGUUCUCCACCCUCCCAGCGUCGCAGGGGACAAUCUGUUCCUUCUCCGAAUCAGAGUUUUCAAGCCAUUCCCCUCUUAAGCUUCUCCUCUCUGAAUGGAUUCGAGGUUCCCGUCUCUGCUGGCUCUGGUUUUCUCUUAGAUGAGACUCAGGAAGGAAGCUCCAGGAGGAAAGCCCACGUUUUUGACGGAAGAAGACGCCGGCGGUUUGGAGGGACGGAUUCCUCCACGAAACAUGACACGCCCCAGACUGCCUGGCUCGGAGGAGAACGGAUGGCCGCGGCGCUUGAGCGUGCCUCACCUACCUGCAAAGACACUGCGUGCCCUGCAGAAAGGUGCACAUGAAGGAAUGAACCACAGACUCUGUAAAAGCGGGGGGGAGUGAAGGUCUAGAACUGGCGGGAUGUGCUGCCAAACCCCGUGCCCCCCCUCCGCCCCCUUUCCACCCCCCAUAAUGUGAAUGGCGUUUUUGUAAUAAAUGGUACUGGGAA